UUGGCAAUCAAAGGUUCUUUGACAAUUGAGAAUGCACAAGAACGGGAUAAAUUGAUACAAAUUAUUGUUUUCAGGAUUCAUGAAGACACUCUGAGUCUCCAAUCAAGCCACGUUUCUUCCAGCUGCUGCUCGGUCAAAGCCUGUCCUGUUUCAUUGUGAGGGCUCCAAGUGCAGUUGUGUCUUCAGUAGACUUGCGAUCCCCGUUCCCUUCUGACGCCAUGGGUUGCUCUAGCUCCAAGACUUCCAAGGCUGCCAAGCCCCAGGAAGCUGUGUAUGCAGCUCCCAGGGCCGAACAAGCCGAACAAGCCGAACAAGCCCAGCCUGCAGUUGAGAGCACAGAGGCUGCAGUUGAGGCAGUUGAGGCAGUUGAGACCAAGGAAGCAACGGAGGUGACAGCUGAGCAGCCUGUCCCCACAGAAGCCAAGGAGGAUGAGGAGAAAGUCGACGUUGAAGAAGCGGAGAAAGCCAUUGGCGAACUGAAAGACACAGAGCUGAAGACGUCGCAUGUCGAAGUAAAGCCUGAGAAGGCUGAGGAUACUGAGACAGUCACCACUGCUACCAAGGAAGACUCACCAAGGCUCCUUGAUGUCAAAGUUGAAGCAGCUGAGACCCAGACCGGUCCAUGUGUUUGCGGCAGCUUGUGGCACAUGCGACGUCAUGGCGUGCUGACUCUUGGUGCCUGCAGAGGUCUCGGAAGUAGACGUUUGCUGGUGAGACUCGAGAAUGUUUGUGCAGAGAUUGAUCCAAUCUCAGCACUAUUGCCAACGCGACGAAUGCGAACAGCUGCAGGAAUUGGAUCCUAUGGAGAGCUGCGGCGAGCCGUGCAAGCACAGCUGCAGCAAAAGUUCAGGCCCGAGUUUCUGAAUCGCAUCGACGAGCUCCUGGUCUUCCAAGCGCUCUCCAAUGUCCAACUCACAAAGAUUGUGCAACUGGUGUUGGGAGAUGCUCAGCAGCGAGCCAUCAUAGCCUUUGAUCAGGUGAUUUGGGUGAUGGACACCGCAUCAGCAGCUCUCCAGACGGGACGCGCCCAUCGGCCGUUGGACCUCAACUGGACGGCGGAAUUGGAAGAGUUGGUCAUUUCCAAAGGUUCCAACGUCAACUAUGGCGCUCGCCCCCUGCGGAGGGCCGUUCAGCGACUCUUUGAGGAUCCGUUGGCCGAGUUUCUGGUGGCGGGGGAGUUGAAGCAAGGCGGCCCCGUGACCGUGGACGUGGAGGACAACUCCGUGGUCCUGAGGUACGAUGGAAGAACUCUUCGACCCUGCUGCGUCGCCAAGGAGGUCAGGGAUUUCUGUUUCGUGAUCUUGAGAUGUGCGGAGACUGCCGAAAGCCAUAGUUGGGGCCCUUUGGUUUUCAUUUUCGAACAAAUCAUAAGUUUAAAUAAAUAG